AUGUCUCACUCUGAUGAAUUUUGGGCCUUCGAUUUUGAAGAAGAAAUUGAGGAUGCGCAAGAAGGCCAGCACCUGGAGAGCAGUCAGCUGUGCAGUGCUGAGAUGGGGAUGGCUGAAUUGCCCUCCUCCGCCACUGCCUCUUUCCCCCUUGAAGGAACCCCUGGGGAGGUAGCAGCUGCUGGAGUAUCCAGUGAUGUAAAAGGUCCUCAGUGUAGUGCUUCCGUGCCCCGUUACUUCCUGGUGACCAUAGCUGAAAAACUACAGAGCAAUCGUGAGUGUGGCAGUGCCCGCAGCCAAAAUGAGAAAGGCCUAAAAGAUAGGGAGGAACCAGCAGAUGCUGGGGCCAGCCUUCAGAAGGCAUUGGAUAAGAAGAUGUCUGAUCUGGUGGAGUUCCUGCUCCUUAAGUACCACUCUAUGCAAUUGACCACAAAGGAAGUGAUAGUGAAAACUAUCCUUGACAAUGAUGAGGAGAACUUCUCUUACAUCCUAAGCCAGGUAUCUGAGUGCAUGCGAGUGGUCUUUGGCAUUGAUGUGAAGGAAGUAGAUCCCCAAGCUCACAUCUAUGCCUUGUUCAAUAUCCUGGGCCUCACUUAUGAUGUGAUAGUGAGCCCUCAGCAUAACAUGCCCACCACAGGCCUGCUGGUGAUUGUCCUGGGGGUCAUCCUUCUGGAGGAUGAUUGUGCCUCUGAGCAGGCUAUGUGGAGAGAAUUAGGUUUGAUGGAAGUUCAUCCUGGGAGGAAGCACUUUAUUUAUGGGGAGCCCAGGGAACUCCUCACCAAUGUGUGGGUACAGGAGCAGUACAUAGCUUACCAGAGGGAGCCUGGAAGUUACCCAGUCCGCUAUCAGUUCCUCUGGGGCCCCAGAGCUCACAGAGAAACCAGUGCAUUAGAAGUCCUGAAGUUUUUGCUCAGUAUCUGA